GCCUCUUAUUACUCGUCCAUCCGUAUGACGAACACCAGAGUCAUGGUAGUGGGUGCUGGCAUCGCUGGUCCCAUUCUUGCAAUCUUCUUGAAGACUAGAGGCUAUGACCCCAUCAUGUACGAAAGACUCCCGAGUCCAGGAGAGGGUGGACUCAGCUUCGUGUGAGUACGCAUGCCUCUUCCUCGUGAUUGCCGUACGGAAUAACCUACGCAGGCUGCAACCCAACGGUCUCCGUGUGCUAUCACUCAUCCCCGGCCUCGUUGAACAGAUCCCCGGCUAUUCUCCAGAUAGCAUGGUUCACUGCUCCUCCUUGGACGGAAAGGAGGACAUUCUCGCCGAGGCUGAUAUUUCGCCAGAUGCAGCACGAGAACAAUUUGGCUUCCCCUUCAUCGGAGUCCGGCGUGCAGAGUUUCAACGGUUUUUGAUCGACACGGCUGAGAAGCACGGUAUCGAGAUCAAAUGGGGUCACCAGGCAAUUGAAUAUGAGCAAAGCGAGGACGCAGUAGAAGUCACAUUCGCGAAUGGCGUCAAGGACACAGCAAGCUUUGUCGUGGGCUGCGAUGGGCUGCAUAGCAAUACCCGAAUUGCACUCUUUGGGAAAGAGAAGGCAAACUUCACUGGAUUGGUGCAGUUCGGUGGACUAUCUCCAACACCACCUGCUUUCUCGGGAAAGUUUACGUUUGUGAAUAAUUACGGGAAUGGUCGCCACAUGGUUUCGUACCCUGUUGCGGAGGACAAGUAUUCAUGGGCGAUCACUACUCGGCAAGCUGAGGCAAAGGAGGAUUGGAAAACACAACACGUGGAACAACAGGACGAAAUCCGAAGAGGACCCCUCUCUGAUUGGGGGUUCGGUGCCGGAGAUUUGGGAAGAAUCGUUCUUUUGGGUGAUGCAGCUCACCCCACGAGUCCGCAUCUGGGACAAGGUGCCAAUCAAGCGUUUGAAGACAUUUACCAUUUAAUGCGGCUUUUGAAAAAAUACAACCCUUCUACUGGCCAGCCUUCGACAGAGUUGUUGUCGCAAGUCUUCAUAGAUUAUCAAGAUCUUCGGCUACCGCGUACAUCCGAGCUGGUGAGGGGGGCUAGACAGCAAGGGGAGGUUCGGGUUAUUGAAGGGAUUGAAGCAUGUAGGGUGAGAAAUGAAAAAAUACGGAUAGGGUCCCGUGAUGAAGCGGCGAGGAAGGCAAUGAGUGAAUUGUUAUCUGGACCGUUUAAGGACAGUGAAGUGUAGUAGCAUUAUCCUAGUACGAACGGGAUUUGCCGCAUAACGCGUGUCACAAUAUUAAUUCGUGUCAGGAGCAGCGACAACAACACAAGCGUGUCCCGUGAUUCCUGCAUAUUUCCACAACGUUAACGCAACCAUGCAUGACCCAUUCGAAGUGAGAAUGCAGUUCCUCGGGCUCAUUCGCAAGCUGAACGCCUCACAACAAUCGAUACAGAAAGU